AUGCUCUCGUGGCCGGUGGUGGCUGGAAUCGUGUUCUUGAACGUUAUCAUCGACAGCGCUGGUGCCAACUUUAUUCGGAACUCAAACACGGGACUGGUGAAGAGUGCGGUGGCGGCAGUAUCUGCCCUCGCUGUUGCCAGUCUUGGUGCGGCGGCGGGCUACUUGCCUCAAGACGAAGAUUCGCAGCUGUACCUGCUUGUUGUAAUGGGGGUGCUGAGUGGACCGGCCAUCAACUUUGUUGUGGAGAAGGUGUCAUCUAUGGCCGAGUCGAUGGUCGGAGGCAAGGCGAACGACGAGGUCAAGCAUGACUGA